CCAGUUUUUAUAUCACAUUAAUUAUCAUUAUUAUUAAUUAUAAAUUAAAAAAAAACUAUUUAUCGCCAUCUAGCGUGUUUAUUAAUCGACAACAAUAGUAACUCUCGUUUUUAAUAUUCUCCUUCUCCUUCUUCCUCUCUCAUCAUCAUCAUCCUCAUUCAUUUUAUUUUCUGUUGAUAGAAAAGUGCGAGAACUCAAAAAAAAAACAAUUUUAUUUUCAAACGCACAUCCAACACAAAUAAUUAAACAUCGGUUUUAUUUUGAAUUCAAAUAUUAUCGUUAAUAUUUAUUUGAAAUAAAAAUGUUGCACGACAGCGAUUGUCAAGGAUUGUCAAAUGGAACCCAACAAAAUAGUGUCGUACAACCAUUACUCACAGAUUUAUAUCAAAUUACUAUGGCCUACGCGUACUGGAAGUGCGGCAAAAUGAAUGACUACACGACAUUUGAUUUGUUUUUUCGCAAGAAUCCAUUCAGAGGCGAAUUUGCUAUUUUUGCUGGCCUGGGAGAGUGUUUAAAAUUUAUGAAAAAGUUUAAAUAUUCCGAGAGUGACAUCGAAUAUUUGAAGACGACGAUGUCGCCGUCAAUAGAACCUGAAUUUUUUGAAUAUCUAAAAGGCCUAACACCUAAGGACGUUACUCUCUACGCCAUCGAAGAAGGGUCUGCAGUAUUCCCCAGAGUUCCAUUGAUACGAGUAGAAGGUCCAUUGAUAAUGGUCCAAUUGCUAGAGACAACGCUCCUGACUCUGGUGAAUUACGCAAGUCUGAUGGCUACAAAUGCAGCACGAUAUCGUAUGGCAGCUGGGAAUAAUGUAUCGUUACUAGAGUUCGGAUUACGACGAGCUCAAGGUCCCGACGGGGGCCUCAGUGCCUCAAAAUACAGUUAUAUAGGUGGGUUUGAUGGUACGAGUAAUGUACUAGCUGGCAAACUUUACGAUAUUCCAGUACGCGGUACUCAUGCACACGCUUACAUAAAUUCCUUCGCUGGCAUUGAUGAAUUAAAAUUACGAACUCUAGUGCACAAAGAAACGGGCGAAGAAGUUGAUCUAUUAAAAUUAUCAUGCAAAUUCCGUCAGCAAAUAGCAUCCGAUCUUGGCGCCCUUGUUAUGGAGGCAUCAGACAGCGAACUGGCAGCGUUGGUUGGCUUUGCGAUUGCGUUUCCCGAUGGCUUUAUGGCACUUGUGGAUACUUAUGAUGUUAAGAGCAUUAAAUCAUCGUUCGAGAGGCAGUCACGUAUAAACAACCAAAAUAAUAAAUACAAAGAUGAUGAUAAUAAUAUUAAUGACCGUAAUGAUUCAACAAUAAAUAAUGAAUUACACAAGAAUGGUUAUAGUACUCCUCCUCAUAAUCAACAAGAGACAUCACACUGUCUCAAUAAAACACCAACUUACAGCAUUGACUUAUUUAAACCUGGCGAAUUGGGGGAACUAUGUGUGAGAAGUGGAUUAUUGAAUUUUUGUGCAGUCGCACUUGCACUUUCGGAGCUGGGGUACCGAGCAGUUGGUAUCAGGAUUGACAGCGGGGACCUCGCGUACCUGAGCCAAGCGGCGCGUGACACAUUUGUUAAAUUAUCUGAGCGUUUCAAGCUUCCGUGGUUCGCUAAAAUGACUAUCGUCGCGUCGAACGACAUCAACGAGGAGACAAUAAUGAGCCUCAAUGAGCAGAAUCACCAGAUUGACUGUUUCGGAGUAGGAACCCACUUGGUGACAUGUCAGCGUCAACCCGCACUCGGGUGCGUUUACAAAAUGGUGGAGAUCAACAACCACCCGAGGAUCAAACUGAGCCAGGAGGUGGACAAAAUAACGAUACCUGGUAGAAAAAAUGCUUACAGACUUUACGGAGCAGACUCACAUGCUCUGAUUGAUUUACUUCAACGAUGCGACGAACCCCCGCCUCAAGUUGGCACUCGGGUGCUCUGCAGACAUCCGUUUCAAGAGUCAAAACGCGCUUAUGUGAUUCCUACCAGGGUUGAAACUCUGCACAAAGUCUAUUGGAAAGAUGGAAAAAUUGUUAAUCCAUUGCCGUCGCUUCAGGACAUAAGGAACAGAGUCAGCGAAUCAUUGAAAACACUGAGGACUGAUCAUAAAAGGAGCCUCAAUCCCACACCUUACAAAGUGGCAGUAAGUGAUGAUUUAUAUACAUUCAUUCAUGAUCUCUGGGUUCAAAAUGCGCCGAUAGGCGAAUUAUCUUGAAAUGAUCAUUUGCUAUCAGUUAAAAAAAUUCGUCGUUUUUUAUGAUGAAGAUUAAAUAAAUUUUUUCCUUUUUAAUAAAAUAAUAAUAA